AGAAAUGAGCCAUAAAAGUAAGAAGCGGAUCAAAGAAGCGAAACGGAGCGCCAGACCCGAGCUGAAGGACUCGAGCGAUUGGAUCAAACACGAUUACUGCGAGAGCUUCGAUCUGUCACACCGGACAGUGAAGGACAAUGUCGAGCGAGUGGACACCCAGCGUCUCAGUCCAGAAGAGUUCAUUCAGCGCUUUGAGAAGCCGUACAAGCCCGUGGUUCUACUCAACUGUCAGGAGUCUUGGCCUGCACGGGAAAAAUGGACCCUGGAGCGACUCAAACGCAAAUACCGCAACCAGAAGUUCAAAUGUGGCGAGGAUAACGAUGGCUACUCUGUUAAAAUGAAGAUGAAGUAUUACAUGGAGUAUUUGGAGUCCACGCGGGACGACAGCCCUCUCUAUAUAUUCGAUAGCAGUUUCGGCGAGCACGCCAAACGGCGCAAGCUUCUGGAAGACUACCAGGUGCCGGUUUUCUUUAGGGACGACCUCUUUCAGUUUGCGGGAGAGAAACGCCGCCCUCCCUACAGGUGGUUUGUGAUGGGUCCUGCCCGCUCUGGAACAGGCAUCCAUAUCGACCCACUCGGCACAAGUGCCUGGAACGCCCUGAUCCAGGGCCACAAACGCUGGUGCCUGUUCCCCACGCACACGCCCCGCGAGCUCAUCAAGGUGACUCGAGAGGACGGGGGUAACCAGCAGGAUGAGGCCAUCACCUGGUUUAAUGUGAUCUACCCACGCACGCAGCAGUCCACCUGGCCAGCCGAGUUCAGACCGCUAGAGAUUCUGCAGCACCCUGGAGAGACUGUGUUUGUGCCAGGUGGAUGGUGGCAUGUUGUGCUCAACCUGGACACCACCAUUGCUGUGACCCAGAAUUUCUCAAGCACCACCAACUUUCCCAUCGUAUGGCACAAGACUGUGCGAGGCCGCCCUAAACUCUCUAGGAAGUGGUAUAGGAUUCUGAAGCAAGAGAGGCCUGAUAUUGCUGCUCUGGCUGAUAAAGUCGAUCUGCAGGAGUCCACGGGCAUUGCCUCAGACAGCUCCAGUGACUCUUCCUCCUCCUCCUCCUCCUCCAGCUCCUCCGACUCCGAUUCAGAGGCUGAGUCUGAGGGUGACGCCAUGACACACCGCAGAAAGAAGAGGAGAACCUGCAGCAUGAUGGAAAACGGGGACAUCACAAGCCAGGAUGACUGCGUGAGCAAAGAGCGCAGUUCAUCCCGGUGAUGUUCACAACAGUAGAGGGGCUGCAGUCUUAAUCGUCUCUUAGACCGAGAAACAUCGCGCUCGCUCUGUCUGUCGGCCUCAGGAGACUCCUGUCCAAUAGAUAAGAGGUUGUCGCUGAAGGGCAUUCGAUAACAUACUCAGCCCCGAAUUUAUCUGCCCUAGUGCGCUUCUAGAGAUAAACAUGAACAAAAUAUCCAAAUAUGUGCUUGUUGGAGGAGUUUUCGCAUGGAUAAGCGAACAGCUGUGUGGGAAAAUGCAGAAAACCCUUCUCCUGUUGCCUUUGCUGAAGUCAGACUCCGGACAGAAAGCUUAACUCCCCCUCCUAUUCUAGUGCCAACAUCAUCAAUCUGUGUUUGAAUCUGAAUGCAUGUCAUUCUUUGUUUUUCCAGGGGUAUGCUACCAUUCUUGAGAUGUAUCUCGACCUGUGUGAGGUUAUUUUCGAUUUGGCUUGAUGUGUAAUGAUGCCUUUAUUAUUGAUUCUACACCAUUCUUGAAAAUCCUCUCAUUAUUUACUCACCUUCCAGGCAACCCAGAUGUGUAUGAAUUUUUUCUUCUGAAGAACACAAAUUAAGAUUUUUAGAGAAUUUUCUAUUUAUAAGAAUAUUUCAGCAAGUGGAUGUGUGCCAAAAUGUUGAUGCUCCAAAAAGCACAAAGGCAGCAUAAAAGUAAUCACUGCCCAGUAGGGGGUGAUAUGCAUGAAUAACGUGAAUUACCAAAAUCAGAAGGAAAAAGUGAAGGAAAAUGGACGUAAAUUGAUUUACUUCUCGUCCACACCUAUCAUAUCACUUCUGAAGACAUUAAUUUAGUCACUGAAGUCAAAUAGGUUACUUUUAUGCUGCCUUUAUGUGCUUUCUUGAGCUUCAAAGUUCUGUUCACCAUUUACUUGUAUUAUAUGGACCAGAGCUGAAAUAUUCUUCUAAAAAUCUUCAGUUGUGUUCUGCAGAAGAAAGAAGGUCAUACACAUGUGGGAUGAAGUGCGGGUGAGUAAAUGAUGAGAGAAUUUUCAUUUUUGGGUGAACGGUCCCUUUAAAAGAUGUUGUCAUGUCAUAUAUCUGGCUAUAGGAAACCAGCCCAUAGUGCUUAUAUGAAUAUCCCAUGUUCAAUACAAGCUAAGCUCAAUAGACAGUAUUUGUGGCAUGAAAUUAUUACUAUAAAAAUACAUUUUGACUCGUCCCUUGUUUAUUAAAAAUGGCUGUGAGGUACUUACAAUUGAAGUGAAUGGGGGAACGUUGAAAUACUCACCGUUUAAAAAAUAUAGACACAAUGCAUAAACAAUAUGUUGGUAAACAUGAUUUUAGAUUAAAUUAGUUUUCCGGUUUUAUACUGUUUAUCAAUGUUAUGUCAUCAUGACAACAAAUUUGUAAAAUUGGCUAUAACUUAAAACAGAAAAGGUUAGUAAUUGGUUUAAUCACACUAAAAUCAUGUUUAUAUGCAUAUUGUUUAUAUCUUGUGGCGAUACUUUUGAAAGGGUGAGUAUUUUAAUGUUUACAGUUUGGCCCCUGUUCACUUCCAUUACAAGAGCCUCACUGGAACUGAGAUUUGUAUUUAUUAUUUAUUAAACAAUGGACAAGACAAAGUAUUUUUUGGUGGCCAUCAACAUUAUGCCUCAAAUGCUGUCGAUUGAGCUUAACUUGAACCUGGAAUAUAACUUUAAAUAGAUACUUUUUUGUAGUCUUUAUUUACUCACUGUCAUGUUGUUUCAGACCUGUAUAAUGGUCGUUAAUGGAACACAAAAAGUGAAGUUUGAGAAAAUCCUGGCCACUCUUGGAUAUAAUAGAAGUAAAUGGGAACUGGGAUGGUCAAGUGUCAAAAUGAUUAAAAAAGCAGCAUUAAAGUACUUUAGAAUUGGCCCGAAAGACUUUGACCACGGCAGUUCAAGUCUUUCAAAGCCUUGCGAUAAUUGGUCUUCUCAUGUGUGCCAUAUUUUGACAUCAACGAUGUUUAUUCGCAAGACACGUCUCGUCAAAUGGCAAGUAGUCCAUGCAACUUCUGUUUUUUUUUUUUGGCUCUGUAAGAUUAGGAAAAUAGCAUACAAAUCAUACAGACCCCUUCCCUUUUUAUGGUGCCAAUUUGAAGCUUGAUGGCCCCAAUCCCCAUUUAUUUAUGGAAAAGAGCUGCCAGGAUGUUCUUUAAAACUUCCAACAUGACAGAAUUUUCACUUUUGUUUGAACCAUUACUUCAAAAUUGUUAAAUAGUUGUCACAAAUAGUUGGCACUUCACAUCAGUCUAAAAGACUAACUUUACCUGAAUAACAUUGUAGUUCAGCCGAAAGCUGACACAUCUUUUGUUUAAAGUUGAAACUGUUAUGAACGUUCAGUCGCAACACUUUUUUGAUUUCGACUAACAAGAAAGGUGUUGAUGGAUCGUCUUUUCAGACCUGUGGACUCGAACACUCCACAAAGACCAUUGGCAGUGAAUUCGGUGUUUAAAUUGGCACAUACGUUUCAAAUGACUAAAUAAAUGCUUGUAAAGCGCCAUUGUGCGCUUCUGUUGGUGACCGCCCCAUGCAAGUUAAACACUAGGGGGCAGUAAUGCUUAUUUGGAAUACACUAGAGAUACAUUGCAAUCAUGGUUGAUUAAUGAAAAUCUGCAAAUAGUUAUUUUUUCCUCGGAAGUCUUAACAUUUUGUUUGUUUUUGACAAAAAGCUCUAAAUAUGGUAAUCUGUCAUGAUCUAAAUAUGUUUCAGGGCUACAAUAACCAACUGUUAUAUGUGCUGUGUAUUGUGAGGGUAAUGAAUAAUGAGCAAAAUUGUUUGUUUGGGGGGGUUCUUUGUGAAAAGUGCUGUUGAAAUGUGACUGUGUGUGUGUUUGUGUGUGUGUGUGUGCUGGCUAGUCUAAAACACCAAGAAGGAAGAUGUUUUUUAAAAAAAAGUGCCUAUUUUUUCAUGUUGGUCAUUCAAGCUGCAUUCAGUUCCUCAUCAUCGUUUCUCUGAGCUUAAUUACAAAAAUUACGGUUUUGAAAUGGGAACAUUAAAGAGAAAAUUCUGUCUUCAUUUACUCAACAUAUGACUCUCAUAUGACUUUCAUCUGUGGAACAUAAAAGGAGGUGUCAGGCCUUAGCCACCAUUUACGUUCAGUACCAUUUACGAAAAAGAUGCAAUGAGGGUGAAUGGUGACUGAGGCUAACAUCCUGCCUAAUCCUUUUGUAUUGUACAGACAAACAACAUGAGGGUGAGUAAAUGAAGACAGUUCCCAUUUUGGGGUGAACUGUCACUUUAAGUUUAUGAUUUCUGUAUGGGCUGUUCUUGUUUGAGCUCUUCAUCACUGGCUCUGUCAUGUGACUCCUUUUAUCCACUGGGAUUCAUGUGUGUGGGGAGACAAGUGACACCUUGCUGUUGCUGAGAUCAAAACAACCUAAUAAUAUAGUUAAUGAAUAAAACUUUCUAUGUAUCUAUGUAUUUAUGCAGUGUUUUCUGUUUAACUUUUUAAUUGGGUUAUUUCAAGUUACUUGAUUGUGUUUGAAUGCACUUAAAACAACCACAAUUUUAAUCUUAACUGGCUGACAAUACACAAACAGGGCAGCUAGCAGGGCGAAUCACACAAAACAAUAUAUUAAUAAUCUAAAGUUAUAUUUAGCAAUAAAAAAACUUUUGUCAUUGUGUCAUCUUGGACUUAGAGUGACACCUAGUGGUGUGGAGGCAGCAUCAUUUAAAAUCAAUAGUUUUCAGUUACAGAUGCCAUUGUAGAAAUUUACUCUUCACGGUCACCCAUGGUUCAUUCAAGAGUGAAAGUGUCGAAUAACAAGAUAAGAUUAAGCGAGUGGUAUUCAGCUGGUCAUGUGAUUCAUGGCAGACCCCUUGUGCAGACCCUCUCCAUGUCGAAUAAAACCGCUUUUAUAAGGUUACUGAUAUGACUGGAGUCCUCAU